CUUUUACUUCCUUUAAAUUACUGAAAAUAAAUACUGGGUUUUUGUUUUUCUCUCUCUUAAAUUAAUUUUUUUGUUCUGGGUUUAUUAGUGAAGCUGAAAUCGAGUUCAGCUAAACAUCCGAAUUUGGUUUCUGACUGAAGUGUGGUAAAUAAUAAAGUCCAAAGCAUUUUAACUUUGGCAAUGCAGACCAAGAAGCGAGUUUCUUCUAAAAGUUCAGCUCGAGAGCCUAACAACACAAGAACACUGAGAUCUCAGAAGAAGGUAUCUGAAAAUGUUCAAGUUUUUGCGAAGAAAGGUGCAGAUUUUAUUACAUCAUCUGCUAGAAAAUCAAACUAUGGUAGGUCUGUAGCUAAAGAAAAUGUAGAUUCCGCUACUGUAAGCUUGACCUCGACAUACAACUUAAUGCAAGAUGAUGCCUGCAAUGUAUCUUUGGUUUCGGAUGUAGUUUGUAAUGGUUCUACAGACCUCAAGGAAUGGAAUGAGGAGAGUGCUCAUUGUGACUCGGGUAUUAUCUUUUCACCAUCAUUUCACUUAUCAAAAAGUGCCGGGGAGGAUAUUUCGGAAACAGACACAAAGGAAGCCUGCAUGUCUUCAGAAGUCUCAGCGAUUUACCUUGCUAUGAAGAAUUCAAAACUGGAAUGCUUGGAUGAGUAUGGACAAGAUUCUGUGAUGGUUGAUGCAUCUGUGGAGGAGGACGAGGAAUAUUAUGAGGAUCUCGAUGAUUUUGAUCCGUACUUCUUUAUAAAAAAUUUACCCGAAUUGUCAACAGUUGUCCCAACAUUUCGCCAGAUGCUGCUUCCUAAACAAACCCGUAGAUGCCCCCCAAACACUCUUGUCUUGGACCUUGAUGAGACAUUAGUCCAUUCCAGUCUUGAACCUUGUGGUGAUGCAGACUUCACAUUUACUGUCAACUUCAAUGAGAGGGACCAUACUGUAUAUGUCCGAUGUCGUCCCUACCUUCAUGAUUUUAUGGAAAGGGUUGCCGGUCUUUUUGAGAUAAUUAUUUUUACCGCCAGCCAAAGUAUUUAUGCUGAACAGCUUCUCAAUGUGUUGGAUCCAAAGAGGAGAGUAUUUCGUCAUCGUGUAUUUCGUGAAUCAUGUGUUUAUGUGGAAGGAAACUACUUAAAAGAUUUAUCUGUUCUUGGUCGUGAUUUGUCACGUGUUAUUAUAAUCGACAAUUCCCCGCAGGCAUUUGGGUUUCAAGUGGACAACGGAAUUCCCAUUGAGAGUUGGUUUGAUGACCGUUCAGAUCAAGAACUACUGCACUUAAUUCCAUUUCUCGAGAGCUUGGCUAGGGUGGAAGAUGUUCGGCCAUUGAUUGCCCAAAAAUUCAAUCUGAGACAUAAAGUAGCUGCAGCUGUUUAUCCAUCUUCAAACUCAAAUAGAGGGGAUCCAUUCGAAAGGUAAGCCUGUCUUUCUUUGGAUGUUCGGCUUUAGCUGUAAGAGCGGUAUUCUCUUCUUUUGAGUAAAUUUUCUUGUGUCAAAGUGUGUCAAUUGUAAUCAAGUAGCUGAUGAAAAAACUUACUGCCUUUACCGAGCACACAACAUUGUAAUCUCAUGUUAAACAUUUGUAAUUUCAAUUCAUCUGAGCUCUUUGUUUUCGGACGUAACCAGAUGAUAUAGGUGACCAUUAAAACUUCAGAUAAUAUGCAUUGUGUCAACAUGAAUUGUGGUCCUUAUACCUUGUUCUGAUCAGAUAAUAAAAUCAUGUUUCUUGUACUAGUAUUAUGAGAUUGGAAUCAAUAAAUAGCUUCAAUGUCAAAUUUA